AUGCCUGAUGCAGUCUUCCUCGCAACGUUUCUGUGUGUCCAGGAGCGUCCACCACUCGUCAUCAUAGUGCUCAGAACUAACUAUAUUCAAUUAAGGAUUAGAGAUGUCCCCGGUGAUGGAAACUGCUUUUUUCAUGCUAUGUCGUGGUGCCUUCAUACCGCUGGUCUACAGCAUGUCAGUGGACCCGAGCUAAGAACAAAACUUACAGAUUAUUUUGAAACUACAGAAAACGUAGAGUCGUACUUCGGUUUUCACUCAAUUCCUAAUGUCAUAGAUACAUCAGGUGAAGAAAAUUCAACCCCACAACAGCAUCAGCAAUUUCAAGUCUAUCUAGAUGGAUUAAGAAGUGGAGAAUGGGCGGACCAUCUGGCAGUGCAAGGUGCCGCAGACAUGUUGAAUGUAAACAUUGAAAUUACGAAAACGUCAUCUACAGAUUGGAUAACUGAAAUCUGUCCAAAGCAGGGAAGGAGUGAAAAUACCGUAACGCUCGGCUUGAUGGGGGAGCUACACUACGUUGCACUGGAAAAAGCAGACACAGAGUCAACACAGGAGACAAGACAGGAGAUGGAAGAUGAAGAGGAUAGAAUCGCAUUUGAACAGACAAGCAAAGUACAGGGUGUCCCAUACGAUACUCUGUUACAACACGAACAAGUCAUAGAUGACAGCGACAGGACGUACUCUGUAGCGCCUGGAGAAAAUCAACAACCAUGUCCUUUCUUCUCAGACAAGCACUUCGAGGUCCUCGCAAACCCGGAGAAAUAUCCUUUUGGCAAAGGAGGUUUCAGCGAAGAACGUAGCAAGCAUAUAACCCCCAGAAAGUUUUUCAAUCAAAGGCUGCUACAUGUGGACGGACGUUUUGCCAAAGAUAUUGAUUACCUUUUCGCUGCACAAUACGCAGUUGAAGCCAAGCAAAUGAAGGACAGCAUCCAGAUAUUUUUGCGUCAGACACGUGGUCACACAUUCCAAGGACAGACGGUCAAUGCAGGGUUGAUGAAAAAUUUGAACAACAUCAAUGACAUGUUGCGGACUGACACAGCUAUCAAGUUCAUGAAGAAUAUUCGGGGGUCGCCGCCAUAUUGGAAUAAUGUGUUGCUAGAGUUAUUGGCAAUGGUAAGACAGCUAGGGUUGCCAACGUUUUUCCUGACGCUAUCUGCCGCAGAUAUGCAAUGGCCUGAAGUCAUUGGAAGCAUUGCCCGUCAGUAUGGCAAAUUUCUGACAGCUGACGAUGUGAAAAACAUGAACUAUGAAGAAAAAUGCAGUUGGUUACGCCGUAAUCCUGUGACUGCUGCUCGGCAAUUCAGCUACCGGCUCAAUGCCUUUUUCAAGGAGUUCAUUGGAGGAAAGGGAAAGCCGAUUGGACACCUCCAAGACUACUUGAUAAGAAUUGAAUUUCAGGCAAGAGGGGCACCCCACGCACAUAGUAUCCUCUGGAUUAAGGACGCGCCAAAGGUUGACCUUGACAGUGAUGAAGUUGUGACAAAUUUCAUUAGUGAACAUCAGACGUGUGCAAUUCCAGAAGAGGAUGAUGAUUUAAGGAAUUUGGUGUUAUCGCUACAAAAGCACAACCACUCGUUUACCUGCAAACAAGGCCAAUCAUGUAGAUUUAGAUAUCCUCGACCCCCAAGUAGAGAAACAUUAAUUGCCAGACAAAACACACAUGCCGAUGUAGCAAACAUAGAGAAGGAACUCAAAAUCAAGUCAGAUACAUUACAACAAGUACGAACAGUGUUGGAGGCCCACAGUGAUGAAGAAGACCUAUCAUUGGGAAAUUUACUUCUUGAAGCACAAGUUGAUCCCGACUUCUACCACAAAGUUCUAAAGAUAGUGAGAUCAGGAAAGGAGGUUGUUCUUCAGCGCAAGAUAUCAGAGCGAUUCAUUAACUCCUAUAACCCACACAUUCUGCGAGUGUGGAAAGCCAACAUGGACAUUCAAUAUAUCCUUGAUGUCUAUGCCUGCAUUAUGUACAUUACCAGUUAUAUGCUUAAAUCAGAAAGAAGUAUGAGUGAGUUAUUAAAGAAAGUGGCGGUAGAAAGUAAGGGAGAAGAUGUAAAAGAAAGACUGAGAAAACUUGGGUCGACUUUUCUUAAUAACAGAGAGGUUUCAGCACAAGAAGCUGCCUUUAGGGUGCUGUCUAUGCCUCUGAAAAAGGCAAGUCGGCAGGUUGUCUUUGUCAACAGUGCAGCCAAAGAGAAGCGUGUUUCAAUAUUAAAGCCCAAAAAUAUUCUGCAAGAUAUGACAGACGAGGACACAAACAUAUUCUGCACGUCACUCAUAGACCGCUAUGUCUCCAGACCUCUGGACCUGGAGGAUAUGUGUCUGGUGGAAUUUGCGGCUACAUACACCGUUGCAAAGAAAAGUAGGUCAGAAUUAGAAGAAAAUGAUAAUGACGUGCCAUAUGAAGAAGACAACUGUGGCGAAGAUGGUAUAACUGGAAGUGAAUACGGCAGUAUCCCUGACAGGUAUCCGGAUGUAAUCAGAUUGUGUAAUGGACUCGGCAACAUGAGGAAACGUAGACGCCACUGCAUCGUCAGGUUCCAUAAGGAGAAGAAGGAUGAUGAAGAAAGGUACAGGAAUUUGCUGAUGCUGUACCUGCCAUGGAGAAAUGAAAACGUUGAUCUCAAAGGUGGCUUCAACUGUUUCAAAGACCAUUAUGAAUGUGCGAAGGACACUGUACAUGUUAAUGAAUCAAAAUUUAGCAUCAAUGCUGUUAGAAUCGAGGAGGCGUGUGACGACUUGCAGCGAAUGGGUCCUAUGGACGACAUGUGGAAUGAUGUAUCGCCAAAUGUGCAAUUCUUACAGUCAGAACAGUUAAAUGAAGGUGUCGUCCAAGAAAGAGAUCUGCCUGUGGAAGAUGGAUGUGAAAACAUUGAUUUGGCCGCUAACGAAAUGAGUAACAAUAAUUCGGAAUUGCACGCACGCUAUACAUCAGAGCUGAACAAAGGGCUGAUGACACCUGAAGAGUACAGAUGUAUGAUGCGGUCGCUGAAUAGAAAACAGUUCGAGGCUGUGAUGUAUCAUCGUCGGUGGUGCAAGGAUAUGAUUUCUGCCCUGAAACAGAAACAAAAUAUCCGCAGUAUAUGCUCUUCCUCAGUGGGCCAGGAGGGGUAGGCAAGAGUCAUGUGAUAAAGCUGAUACGCCACUUGACAAUGUCACUCCUCAUACCACAUUCUGGACAGUAUUUCCAGCCCAACGAAUUACCACUGCUGCUCACAGCAUUCACUGGAACCGCUGCCUUCGGCAUUCAAGGCAUGACAUUACAUUCUGCUCUUGGGUUUACAUGUGGACCAAAAAAGGACAAUGAGUACCUACCACCAAGUUGUGAGAAGCUGCAAGCACUCCGUUCACAUCUGGGAAAGCUGAAACUCCUUGUGAUUGACGAGGU